AUGUGCUUCACAAUCUUGAUGUUUAUAAACAUUCUGAUGAAGAUAUUUUGGCCAUCAUCAAAUGUGACCGACUUCUCAGGCAUUUUAACCUAUUUAACAUUUUGCAGCAUUACCUCCUGCUCCUGGCUCACUGCUGACCUGUGCUUCUUCUAUUCUAUAAAAAUCCUUCAGUUCCAGUCCUCAUUUCUUGCAUGGAUGAAGAUGAAGAUAGACAGAAUGAUACCUCUGUUGAUAUUCGUUGCGAUCACCUCUUCUCUGUUGGAAAGUUUCAUUGCAUUAUAUAUUUUCACUCAGGGAUUAUACAAAAACUCAACCAUCACUGCAACCGAUGUGACCUCAGAACCUUACAAACUGAGGCUGAAAUUCAUGAACGUUGUCCUUGCAGUGACUUCUCUACCACUCCUGAUUGCAAUAUCCACAACAGCUGCCAGUGCAGUGUCCCUCAAGCUGCACAAUGAUCGUAUGAAAAGAAACAUGGGUCACACCAACGUGAGAGAUUACCAGAGUGCAGUGCAGAACAUGGCCUGUCUCAUAGUUCUCUAUGCCUUGAUUUACCUUGUCAUGGUUGUAUUUGGACUGGGAAUAUUUGCAGAUCAAAGUUGGGGGUACUGGAUGUGUUGGAUGAUUAUUUUUUCUUUCUCAAUGGUUCAGUCGAUUCUCCUAAUCAAUGGUAAUCCCAAACUCAGAGAAGCUUGGAGAAAAAUGUUCACCUUCAUGUAA